CUUUCGUCUAAAUUUGAACGAAUAGUUUCACAAUAUUUGGGCGCCGAGUUAAUGUGAGACAUUAAAAAGAAGAAUAUAUUUGUAAAAUCUCAGCGAAUGAAUUUUAAGUAAAUCCAACGUUUCGCCUGGCAAUCUGGUCCAAGCUUUUUCAAGGAAAAUAUAAUCAAACAACAAAAUUAUCGAAUAUAAAUAGGUACAAGGUUCUUCGGUUUACUGUAUACAGAAUAAGUCAUCUAAUCAACGUGAAGGAUCUUUUUAUAAAUAGGUAUUUGUAUUAAUGUGUUUAUAUGAAAAAUAAUAAAGAUCAACCAAAUAAAAGUUCAUUUGAAAAUAACCAAGGGGAGAGAAAGAAUAAGAAAUUGUCGUGUUAUCCUAGGCCAUAGAAUGACUUUAAGGAUUACAUGGUUAUGACAAAUUGUUUUUGUACACAUAAGGACAAGGUAUGUGUUAUGGAACCAAAAACGUGUUAAGACAACAGAAUGUGUUUAUACGCAAGUGAUGUGAGAAGAAAUUUCAUUCAAUUAAGUAUUGACUACGGUCUGUGUAUAUUAAGAAAACAGAUCAUUUUUAUAUAUGAAAUGAAUCAAAAAUGCCACAGCCUGCAUUAAAUGAAGAUAAAUAAGAUAAGUAAACAAAAUAAAAGAGGAAUGUAUAUGUAAUUGAAAGUGUGUGUUAUUUUUAAUGUUACAGUCAAUUGUUUAACAUAUUCAGAUAAGAUAACGGAUCUGAACCAUUGAACGUAUUAUCUAUCAGUUAGUUACUAUGGCAUAGAUAUAUCAAAUUGCAAAAAGGAGAUCAGGUUUACUUAUUAAUUAUUAGUUGCCAUGGGACAGCUAGUUGUAUUCCAUCUCUCCUAUUAAUAUUGUUUGAAUUAGCCCAUAUAUGUAGGGCUUCGGCUGUUAGUCGUUCUUUGUAAGAAUUAAAUCCUUUUUGAAUGAUUCUCGUGCCAUUGAAAUCAACUGUAUGACCCGACUCAAUCGAGUGUAAUGCUAUCGCUGAUCUGUUCUCAAGCUUUUUUACAUCAACUGAGGAUUUAGGAAUGUGCUUUAAGCACAGUUUGUGUUCCUUCACCCUCACAUUCAGUUACCUUGAUGUUUCACCUACAUACGUUGCAUUACAGUCAUUACAUUUGAUUUCAUAAACACAAUUCUGUUGAUCAUCCUUGUGUAUUGGAUCUUUGAUUCUUACUAGUUUUGAUCUUAGAGUAUUGUUUGUUCGAAAGAAUACUCUUAUAUUUUGACGAGUUAAAAUCCUUCUGAUGUCUUCUGAGAUACCUUUACGAUAUGGGAUCACUAUUGUGUUCAUCCAAUCUUGCUUAACUCUUUUUUUUAAAAUAUCAUUCCGUUCUUCAUUCUUAAUUAUUCUUUUAAUAAAACCUUUCGGAUAAUUAUUCAUUAAUAGAGUGGAUACAACUAAAUUCAUUUCUAUUUUUAUAUCAUUUGGUUCAGUGACAAGUUUUUUGACUCUGGUGAUCAAAUUCUUGGCCACUGUCACUUUGGUCGAGUGUGGAUGCGCAGACUUUAAAUCUAAAAAUUUCCCUGAAUAUGUAGGCUUUCGGAAUAUAUUAAUUUUUAAACAAUCAUUAUCCUUCCUUUCAACCAGGUAGUUUAGAAAAGGUCAUCUGCGUUCAGGCGAUUCCAACUCUUUAGUAAACUUGAUUUUGUCAUCUAAGCUGUUGAACUGUUGGAAUAGUUCGUGUAAACCAUCUCGUUUUUUAAUGACAAAGGUAUCAUCUACGUAUCUUACCCAACCUAAUUUGUAUAUAAAGUAAUAGUGUGAAAUGUGUAUGUUUUAAGAUGAUGGGAAUUUUUCAAACAGUUAAAUGAAUUAUAAAACGGUUUUCAUAUUUCGAGGAGUUCUGUACAGACAAACAGAAGGUGUGGCUAUGGGAUCACCUGUCUCUCCAAUUGUGGCUAACUUAUUCAUGCAUUCAUUGGAAACAAUUGCUAUCUCAAUGUGUUCCAUUCCACUAAAAAUUUGGGUAAGAUACGUAGAUGAUACCUUUGGGUUGACAUUAAGCCCACGGCAAUUAAGAUUCCCUACCACCCAUUUCUAAAAAAUUAAACCCUAUCCUUUCACUCCAUAAUGGUCAUACAUAUUAUUAUCCUUAACCGUGCACACAUACACACACUCUAAUUUGCAAACAUGUCGCUAUGACUCACCCUGACCGAAAUGAUAUGACGUCAGACCUGUUUUUUGAUUGUUCGCACAUAAUAUUCUUGUGUUGUUGCGUUGUACUAUUUAAGCUUGGAUUAAUUUUGGUUUGGUUAUUCUCUGAAAAAGUAGCUUACAAUGAGUCACGAGACGUCAGAAAAUUUAAUUUUUCUACUCUUCGGGCUGGAUGCUGGUUCAGUAGUCUAGUGGUUAAGCGCUCGUGCACGAGACCGAUAGGUCCUUGGUUCGAACCCCGCGAGGCGGGGUACUCGGUGCGCACUGCUGGGGGGUCCGAUAAUAGGACAAAACAGCCAUCUGCUGCUCCCAGGUUCUUCAUGGUGGUCUAGCUUCAAUUGACUCAUGAUCUCAACUGUUAAAA